ACUUCGGCCACUUGCUCUCCGGUGCGCCCGGGUUCGAGCUGCGGAAAUACUUGGUACCUUCCAAUUGGCUGCAAUGGCGGAGGUGGCCCGUAGCCCAUUGGCUCUGCCGGCUCUGCUUGGCGUGGAAGCUGAGGGAGCUCCCGAGCGUCAGUGUUGCCCCAAGCCGUGAGUGCGGUGCGGCCCGUCGCGCCUAGCCGCUCACCGCGCCUCGCUUUAUCUCAGGAAAAAGGAAAAAAGAAAAAAAAAUGGAAGGCCUGCCUGAUGCUGCUGUCUUUGCAACUAGACUUAAAAACACUCUCAUCCAGUAUCAUAGCAUUGAAGACGAUAAGUGGCGAGUUGCCAAGAAAAUGAAAGAUGUAACAAUUUGGAGAAAACCUUCAGAAGAAUUUAAUGGAUACCUUUUCAAAGCCCAAGGUGUUAUAGAUGACGUCGUCAAUAGUGUAAUAGACCAUAUACGCCCCGGUCCCUGUCGCUUGGAUUGGGACAGCUUAAUGACUUCAAUGGAUAUUUUGGAACACUUUGAAGAGAAUUGCUGUGUGAUGCGUUAUACUACUGCUGGCCAGCUUUGGAAUAUAAUUUCCCCAAGAGAGUUUGUUGAUUUCUCCUACACUGUGGGCUAUGAAGAAGGGCUUCUAUCCUGUGGGGUAAGUCUUGAUUGGAGUGAAAAGAGACCAGAAUUUAUUCGUGGAUAUAACCAUCCCUGUGGUUGGUUUUGUGUUCCGCUUAAAGACAAUCCUCACCAGAGUCUUUUGACAGGCUAUAUUCAGACGGAUCUGCGUGGGAUGAUUCCGCAGUCUGCAGUCAACACAGCCAUGGCAAGCACUUUAAUCAACUUCUAUGGUGAUUUACAAAAAGCCUUACAAAAGGCAUAAUAUGUUUAAACUUGUAGUACAGUAGACCCCAGAGUCAACUUUUGCUCUCAGCUGCGUGGCCUGUAAAAAUCAUCCUUUCCUCUCCUCCAUGUAGCCUGUGGAAACAUUUGAGAUGAUUUGUUGGUUUAUUUUAUUCCCAAACUAAAUACUUGUCUAAGAGAGGGCAUUUCAGUUUUCUUAAAUAGUUAUUUGCACAGUGUUUGGUACAGCAGUGUGUCUGAGCAUGGAGAGUAUGACAGAGAUCCAUUAAGAAGUAGGUAUUAUUCUUUGACCUAAACUCUUUAGAAACUGAGUAGUGACUCAAUAUGAAUAUUUUGCCUGCUUGGAAAUUAGAGAAAGCAUAAGCUUCAUGCUGUUAGUUAAAAUCAUCUAUUUUAGAGGUUUAUGAACAUUUUAUAAGUUUUAACUUUUUCUGGAAGUUAAAUAUUAGUGUUUUACUUUGGUAUGCUGUAUGAGUUUUGUCAAUAUCUUGGACUAAAGAAAAAAGCUCUUUAUAUUUUGUAAAGGUGAUUUUCAUUGUCAGUUGACUUGCACUACUUUAUAAGUAUUGAAAAAAUCAGAAAUAAAAAUAAAGUAACUAUAAAUACAAUUCAAAUACAAUUCUAGAUAACAUUAUUUUAUGGAUAUCUUUAAAAAUGUAUUUGUGUCUUUCUGUGAGUUUAUUUUGGAAGUCUUAAAAAGCAUUUAUGCAUGGAGUACAAAACUGCCAAAUGUGUGCUGGGGACACCACAUUGAUUGGGUUGUGUGAAAGGGUUGGAGGUAUCCUCUAUUCACCAACAGAAAAUUAUCUGUCUAUAAAGUCAAAUUCAAUGAA